CUUGGUUGGCUCCUCGGUGGCAAGCCACAACAUCGUGUCUUCCACUCAGACUCAAGGCUUACUUGGGACCAUGCUAUUGACUGCUUCGACAUGAAUAGCCACUUUCAAAUGACACACACCAUCCCUGACCCGCUUUCCUUCGUCUUGAACAGGCUC